GUUCACUUGCAACCUAUUUUUGGUGCCAAUUCAUCGCUGCAUGGCCUCAACAACUGCCACGUACAUCAGGUUUCCAGUUCCGAGGAUCACAUGAUUCCAUUCCGAAUCUGGAAGCCGUCCGUUCGGCACCCCCAGGCACAUAUGAAGAUAUCUGGUGCCAUACUGGAUAA